AUGAGGGGCGACAUGGCGAAUUCACAGUCGUCCCAGGCCCUGGCGGGCUUCUUAGACUCCAUGCAGGAUCCAAAUGCCUCUGCAUACUCUUUAUUGGGUCCGACAGAGUACCCCGAAAGCGUGGCAUUCUGGCACGACCCCUCCGCCCCGACGAUGAGAGUAGCGCCCUCAUAUCAGGCAGCCCUCCCGCUCGCAGAUCACAAAAAACACAAGCGCACCCGCAGUGGAUGCUUCACCUGUCGUUCACGCCGGAUCAAAUGCGACGAGAAUCGCCCCGUCUGUGAACGCUGUAGGAAGGGCAGUCGGGACUGUGUCUAUCCCUCCCCCUCGCCAUCCGCUUCCAAAUCCGGCGCCAGAUCGGUCAAGUCGCGCGCCAAUCGUCCUCCCUCGCAAGGUAGUGAUUCCUCUGGAAAGGUGGAAGUCGACCCUGUCAGUCCGUUGGAACCCAUCCUCGACGAGGAGGAACCCGAUGCCACAUCGGAUUCCCGACCGUCGCCCAUCAUCCCCAGCACACGACCCUUGCAUAAAUCUCGGAGCACACAGUCUCUGCGGAAACCAUCCCGACAGACCACGGAGGCGCCCUUUGUGAAAGAACAGAGUAGUUCACCGUCCGCGGAGUCGUCGCGGAUGGAGUCGAUGAGCGUGCGCUCAGGCAGCAUCGGACAUUCCACGGCGGAACUGAUCAACAAUGCGCGUUUGUCGGAUGAUCUGCGCUUCUAUUUAAAUUUCCAUCAGGAAUUCAUGACCACUCCACACUUCUUCCUGCGACAGAGCUGUUUCCACUUUGUCCAUCACAGUCUGAUCGAGCUCGCUUUACAGUAUGAACCUCUUCUAUACGCUUUGGUGGGCUUUUCGGCCUAUCAUCACAGCUUGCACAAUGAGGGCAAGCUCUCUACAUUCCUCAAAUAUUACAACAAGGCAUUGAUUCUCCUGCGGAAAUCCCUGGGCUCUGGGGAACCACACACCGAGGCUACGCUCUGCACCGUACUCGUGUUGACCACCACCGAGGAAUACAUCGGCGAUUGGAUGAAUCUGAUCGACCACCAUCGAGCGGCCCACGCACUGGUGCGAGAGCUGCUGACACCGGAGUCAUCGAACUUGAACGAUUUACAUACGAACAUCUUCCUAUGGUACGCACGAUUCGACGUCGUCGUAGGGAUUCUAGCCGGCACCGAGACGGUCCUCAGUCGAGAUUGGUACCUAGCGAAGGAACAGCACGAUGCCGAACAAGCCGCCCUGUACCCAGACGACCCAUCCAAACAACUCGAGCUCGUGGGAUCGAUCAACCGUCGCUUCGGAUUGGACAUGGCUUCCCUCUACGCGAAAUUGUCCCGUGGCAUGAUAUCCAUGGAGCAAUUCGCGAUCCAGAACGACCUGCUGGGCCAAUGGUUAGAGCAAGCGAAGAUCAUCCUAAGGGGAUUCGACGACUAUGAGUACAAGGUGCAGGAAUACCCACACAACCAGCCUUUGACGGAAGACGAUAUCACAGAUCCCUAUACGCCAGGUGGGUUACACCGGGGCGCCCUGUGGGAUUUCAACUACGCCUGGAUCGACAUCCUCUCCACGGAGACAAUGUACAAAUUCCAAACCAUGCAGGUCCUCCAACAACCUCUCCUCCAGGAAUUGCAGGAAUUGGCUCAGGAGCAGUGCCGAUUGAUUGAGACGAUGGUUCGUUGGCCGUACAAAGAGAAUGGAUUUUGCAUUAUGUUCAAAAACAGCAUUGGAAUGGCGAGCAUGUUCCUUCCGAAAGACCACAAACAUCAGAUGUGGUCACGGCGGAAGAUGGCCAUGAUGGAACAAAAUGGAUACAUUAUUCCCCCUUCGUUCCGCAUGGCUCUUUCUGCGAUCUGGCAUGCACCAGAGGUCAACCACUGGUGGCUCCCUAAUGAAGAGGGAUACACGAACAUCGUCCGCGAAAUCCGCGAAUUGACAGCCGAGCGCUCGGCGCAGCCGCGAGACGAGCUCCGUGAGAACGUUCGCGAUAUGAAGACUCUCUUCGGGAGACUCAACAUGAACGAUUUUGAAGAUGGAAGCAGCCCUACCAGCACGAACAGCAGUCAUCAUCCCUAA